GGAGUAAUUGCUUAAUGAUAUCUUUGGGAAAAUGCUUUCUCCUGUUAAGAGACUUUUAUUGUGUAAGAAGCGAAGAAGAGAAUACAUACAUCCAUUUCUUCUGCUAUUGACUGUUCACCUGCAGCUUUUCCAGAGAUGGAAAAGAAAAGAGUGGCAAUUAUUGGAGGUGGUUCCAGUGGACUCUGUAACAUCAAAUGCUGCUUGGAAGAGGGUCUGGAGCCUGUGUGCUUUGAAACUAGUGAUGAUAUUGGGGGACUUUGGAGGUUCAAGGAGAAUCCUGAGGAAGACCGGGCUAGUAUUUACCAAUCUGUGAUCAUCAACACCUCCAAAGAGAUGAUGUGCUUCAGUGACUUCCCCAUCCCAAAUGAUUUCCCCAACUACAUGCACAACUCAAAGAUAAUGGACUAUUUUCGGAUGUAUGCCAAACACUUUGACCUUCUGAAAUAUAUUCAUUUCAAAUCUAAAGUCUGCAGUGUAACAAAACGCUCAGACUUCUCUACCAGCGGCCAAUGGGAUGUUACCGUAGAGUCAGAUGGGAAGCAGGAAUCAUCAGUUUUUGAUGCAGUUUUGGUCUGCACUGGCCACCACACCACUCCAUAUCUGCCCCUGGAUUCCUUCCCAGGAAUUACCACUUUCAAGGGUCACUACUUACACAGUCGUGAUUACAAGAGUCCUGAUGCAUUUACAGGAAAAAGAGUCAUUGUGGUUGGUAUUGGGAACUCAGGAGUGGACCUUGCAGUGGAGAUAAGCCACACAGCACGACAGGUUUUCCUCAGUACUCGCCGAGGAGCAUGGGUAUUAGGCCGCGUUGGUGAUAAAGGCUAUCCACUUGAUAUUAUAUUGACUACUCGAGCUAAUUUAUUCCUGAAACAAUGUCUUCCCUGGUCCACGAUUGAUCAGUUGAUACAGAACAAAUUAAAUAAAAGAUUUGAUCAUUCUCAUUAUGGCUUGAAACCUAAACACAGUCUUAACAGCCAGCAUCCAACAGUCAACGAUGACCUUCCAAAUUGCAUUAUUUCAGGGAAAAUUGUUGUAAAAUCAAACAUCACUGAGUUUACUGAUACUGCUGCCAUCUUUGAAGAUGGUUCCAAGGAAGAGGAUAUAGAUUGUGUUAUCUUUGCUACUGGAUACAAUUUCUCCUUUCCUUUCCUUGGGAACUACAUGAGAGUUGUUGAAAAUCAGGUCUCCUUAUAUAAAUUUGUCUUCCCACCUCAUCUGGAGAAACCCACACUAGCAAUCAUUGGUCUUGUGCAGCCACUGGGGGCCAUCAUGCCCAUUGCAGAACUGCAAGCUCGCUGGGCCACACGUGUCUUUAAGGGGCUUGCUGAGCUGCCAUCAACAAGUGAGAUGAUAGCUGAUAUUAUUGUUAAGAAGUUUUCCAUGGCAAAAAGGUAUGUGAAAAGUCAACGCCACACUAUCCAAGUGGACUAUAUAGAAUAUAUGGAUGAAGUGGCUUCUCUAAUUGGGGUCAAGCCCAACAUAUGCUCACGGUUUAUCACAGAUCCUAAGCUGGCCCGGGAGCUUUUAUUUGGGCCGUGUACUCCGUAUCAAUAUCGCUUGCAAGGACCAGGAAAAUGGGAGGGAGCCAGGAAAGCUAUCCUGACCCAGCAUGAACGGGUCUUGGACCCCUUGAAAACCAGGCCAGUUACUCAAUCAGACAAGAAUACCUUAGUGCCCCUUUGGUUUAAGUUGGUUGGCCUUCUUGCUCUGUUCGCUGCAAUUUGGGCUUAUUUUUAAAUCCACAGAAAUCCUAUUCUCCUAAUGCCAAUCCCAACCUACAUGGAUUUUUGGCAUUACAAUUUCGACUUUGUGCCUUUAAUAAUUUACCUAUUAAGUCUGCACAUAUAAACAGACAGACUUUAUUUCUCUAAAAACAGCAAAAUUUUUACUACAUUAUGUGUAAGUUUCACCCACAAAUGAUUGUUAAUAUUUCUUGUUAGGGGACAGUUUUCUAUUAUCGUUUUAUUGAUUGUACUAUUAUUGGUCAAUGAUAAUAAAGUCCUGUCUGUGUCAUAUAUUUCUGUUAUCCUUCUAUUCAUGUGAGUCAGUUUUGCUAGAUGAGAAUGUAUUUUCUUAAGCGUAAAGUAAAGUAAUCUGCCUAAGUAUAACCUGUACAAAUAACAUUACUUGGAACUUCUCUAGAAAUGUCACUUUCCCUGCAAUAAAAUAUUUGUAAACAGA